AAAUUGGAGAGACAGAGGUGUAGUUUCUGAAGCAACGCUUAAGUGAGAAAAAGGCCUCUAACCAUUCACUCAUUCAUCAGGCAGUGUUUCAAGACAGUUAUACUGGUUCAUUUCAUCCUUCUAGUAACCACAUGAGGGAUGGACUAUUACUAACCCCAUUUUACAGAUCAGGAAAUGGAAGCCUUGAAGUUACAAACUUUUCCAUGGUCACACAGCUCAAAUAUGUCAGUUUGGGCUUUGAAUCUAGGUACUCUAGCUCCAGAGCCUAGCUCUGAAUCAGGACACUAAAGUAACAAUGAUUCUCCAAGGAUGAAUUUCACCCUUGGAGACAAGGUAGGUCGGCAUGGACCUUAGCUUUACACCUAGCCACAUCUGACCUCUAGUCAGUGAGCCAAUAGUUGUUUAAACCAAUCAGCAUUCAGGAAAGAGGCGGGCCUAGGAGUCCUCAGAGCCAAUUGGUGGACGAGUGGAGCCAAGGUCGUGAGGCUAGGAGGGACAGCUAUAACUGGCACUGGGAAGGCCUCGCGCCUCUGUUCAGAACGUGCAAGUCAAAGGGCGUGGCAAGGGCACGCGCGUGCGUAUAGCGCGCAUGCGUGUGGCGUGCCUGACUUCAGGGAGAGUGCUGGAGCAGCUUCGAGGCGAGUGUCGUCACGGAAAAGUGGCCAUUGCUUUCCACACCCGCGUGGAGAGACCAUGGACCCCAGGGGACCAAACCGUCAGUCUUUCCAGCAGCCUGAGAAACCUGGCCGUGUGCGUCGUCGGAAGACCAGGCGGGAGCGGAAUGAAGCCCUGGUGGGCAGCCGCCGGCCAUUGGCCCAUCAUGAUCCUCCUAUGUCCAGUCAGGAUCCACCUGUUGCCCUCCGGGAUCCUGUGGUCCCUGCUGCAUCCAAGCUCGUGGUCAUAACCCAGGGCCGGCUGAGCCGGGAGCACUGGGGUCUUUUCAACCAUGAGGUGAAAUCCCUGAAUGUGGCCCGGCUGCUUGACAGAGGGUCCCUGGAGCCAAGAACCCCCCCCCUCCCCACUAAGCCUUCCUCCAGCCCAGCCAGGAUUCAAGAGCCAGCCUCCCAGUCAAGGGGCAAGGAGAACCAAGUGCCUGGAGGCUCAGGCCCAGGCCCACCUAAUUUUCCAGAACUCCCUGGUUUGGGGCAACUUCUGGAGGAGCUACAGUGCCAGUUGAUUUUGCCACAGGCCUUCCCCAGGAGGAACCUGGUGCAGGAGGCCAGAGAUGCCAUCGUGGGAACCUUACAUGCCCUCCAUGGCUGUGUGCCUGAUCUUGCCCUGGUGCUCCAAGGCUGCCAGUCACCUUUGCCAGGGACCAAACCUGAGGUUCCUGAGAGACAAACAAUGACGCCUUCCUGGAUCAACAAGCCUGAACAAGCCGCAAGGGAAGGGAGGCAGAGGAGGCCCCAGCGGACAAAGGACAUCUUUACCAUGCCUCAUAUGUCCAGCACUCCCACUGCACACAGGAUGAGCCUGGAGCCACGAAGAGGUCCCUGGCCACCUUCCUUGCCCUUGUCUUCACCUUCUGGGACAGCCUGGGGCCCCCCAACAGCCUUUGACCUACUAAAAAGCAUCUGGCUUGUAGGCACACCACCUCCUCCCCAUCACUGGUGUGUAGGCCCACCUCAGCCCCUGCCUCAGCCAUCACCUUUGUUGCCCCGAACUUCUGACCUGGACUGGAGCCCCACCUCCCCUGCCCCACUUCCCAGUCUCUCCUGGGUAGUAGCUCAGAGCAGUCCAGAAGCCUGGUCCUUUCCACCCAUGAGACUGUACUGAGGGGGCUGUGGCUAGGCCUGGGGCAGGGUAUCCUCAUACCCAGUCAUCUCAAUAAAGUACCUUCUUGGUCCUGUUGGUUUUUAGUGAGUGGCAGA